AGUGCAGCACUCCAACAUAUUACAUUCGAGCUGGCAGUGAGUCCGAUUCUUUUCCCCCUGCCUGGGCGUCCCAAAAACCGUGGACUCAUAUGUAGUAUAAAAUUGCAGCGGUCACGUCUAUGACCUGUGGUGAGAACGAGGAGCUGAUCACGACUGAUCACUUUCCCUUUUGUUGCGAGAUCACUUCUCAUGCGCAAUGUUACCAGCCGACAACAUGUCUGGGCAGCAGCACCAUGCACGAUCCCGAUAAUGACACCUGGGUGUGUGAAGCGGGCACCGAGUGCAGACCAAUGACCAUCUAUGAGUCCUACGUUGACUCGACCGAGGCAUCGUCGGGGAUACAGUUUUCGUGCUUCCAGUCAUGGGUGCCGAAUGCCGUCUUUCGCGUUCUACCCUUUACAGAAACCUUGACCAUCUCCACGACAACAACCCGGGAUUCAACCACAACGUUCGAAUCCAUCUCUCCCUCCACUGCAGGCGCGCCAACUAUGCCCACAUCCACACAGACUGACACAGUAUCCCCCGAAGCGGCGUCGGCACUAUCAGGGUCAUCGAAUAACACGGGAGCGAUUGCAGGUGGCGUCGUAGGAGGCGUGGCCGGCGUAAUUGCACUGGUUGCGGCAGCAGCAUUUUUUCUGCUGCGGCGCCGGGGGACGAAGAGCCCGGAGAUGAAUGAGAUUGGGGCAGAGUAUGUCGCGGCACGAGGGGGGUAA